AUGGCUUGCUGUGCAUUACAAAUCACCGGGCUAAUAUUCGGAGGUGUGGGCAUGGUCGGGACUUUGGCAGCUGCAGUUAUGCCACAAUGGAGAGUUUCUGCCCACAUUGAGAGUAACAUCGUGGUGUUUGAGACUAUCUGGGAAGGACUGUGGAUGAACUGCGUCAGUCAGAUGGGCAUCAGGCUGCAGUGCAAAUUCUACAAAUCUAUCCUGGCUCUCCCCCCAUCUUUAGAGGCAUUCAGAGCCCUCAUGUGCAUUGCGGUGCUCCUGUCAAUCAUUGCCUUUUUGUUGGCCAUUGUUGGUGUGAAGUACACUCGCAGGACCAAGGAGAAUCCCCAGAGCAUCAGUAUCUUCAUCCUGGUAGCUGGAAUUGUCUUUCUCCUGACGGGCAUCCUCAUUCUGAUCCCCGUGUCCUGGACUGGUGGCAGCAUCAUUCAUGACUUCUAUAAUCCAAAAGUCCCUACACCACUGAAACGAGAACUGGGAGCUGCUCUCUAUGUGGGCUGGGUGAGCGCUGCACUUCUCAUCGCUGCGGGAGCAAUGUACUGUAGUUUCUGGUGCUGGGCUGGUAAAUUCCCAAAAUCCAGGUAUCCAUCACUUUCCCCCAACAGAUUGCACAAACCUGCCUCUGCAGGAGGGCCAUCCGUAAGCAUGCAGGCAUAUGUGUAG